UUAAUGUAUGCAAAACACCACUUUAUCCACUUUUAUUGGGAUAGGAUGGGGGAUAUAAAAACAUUUUGGAGCAAAGCACAAACACACAUCGUUGGGAGACUGGCCACGACACGAACAGGGUUGAUUCCCCACAGUCCCUAGGCAAGAUGGCCGCCAACUCAGGGAUUUUUUGCGUAGCAGCAACAUUACUAGUAUUUCUCCUGGGCAGCGCUCAUUCACAACAGUACAGUGUGUUGCCCUACAGAGGAUACGGUUACGGCAGCCCUGGUUAUGGUUAUGGUUACGGGGGUUACUAUCCCCCUGGCUACGGCUAUGGAGGGUAUGGCGGCUAUGGCUACGGAGGGUAUCCGGGAUACUACAAUGCUCCCUACUAUGGGGGCAUUUACGGUGCCGGGGCGGUCGGCGGGGCCGGGGCGGUCGGCGGGGCGGUUGGGUACGACGCAGGGAGGGGCGUCUAUACCAAUACCGGCGCCUACGGACAGAACCAAGGCUAUGGCAACUACGGAGGAUACGGAGGUUUCGGCGAGGGCGCUAAUAAAGCCUAUAACGGCUAUGGCCAGAAUUACGGAGCCUUGAGGGAGGGCGCAAAUCAGGGUUACAACAAGUAUAGCGCUGUCAGCAAGACGUACAACGCCGUCAAUAAAGUAGACUCGUUCGGAAAUUACGGCGCCAACGGCAACUAUGGAACUCAGGGUAACCAAUCUGGCUACGGAAACAAGGCCACUCAAGGACAGUACCAGCAAGGCUACGGCCAGGGGUACGGUCAGGACUAUGGGAACCAGGGUGUCGGCUACGGCGUGGCACAAGGACAAUAUGCAGGAGCCGGGCGGGGUUUUGGUACAGGGGCAGGCUUUGGCACCGGCUACGUCGGUUGAAUGUCCACAGAAGCCAAAUGAAUACAGCGCCGCAAGUUCCCGGAUGUCAAAACUAGAAGUCUCCCGUCCGCACAGCGCACAUGUCCAGAGCACCGACUCCCAAUCUCUAAUUCAAAAUACGGAACUUCGAAAUUGAUCCGAAGUUGAACUUGCAGCCGCAUCUAUUCUUGACUCCGACGAAUCACAAUCAUUUUGCUUGUUUGUUUUGUACGAUUUUGGUGUUUGCGUUGUUUAAUAUGUAAUUUCUUUUAGUUAAAAGCCCUGUUAAAACCAUGUCCGCGGAGUGGCACACGCGAUGCGUGGUCCACUUAAGUUAUAUGACAAAUGUAGCUUGAUUUCUUUGGCAUAGAUUGCUGAAAUUCUCUAGAAAACACAGUUAUAUCGUUCCUUACGUUGUUAAGUAUGAUUUUGUCAAUAAUAAUCAAAUAUGUUUAUUGUA